UUGCAGGCUAAAACACCAAAAAGUGUGAGCAAGGCUCGUGGAUUUGCUCGAGGUCUCAAGGCUGAACGGAUUAUUGGUGCCACCGACUCCAGCGGUGAACUCAUGUUCCUGAUGAAAUGGAAAGAUUCAGACGAGGCUGACCUUGUUCCCGCUCGGGAAGCCAACAUCAAAUGCCCUCAGGUGGUGAUUCGAUUCUACGAGGAACGUUUGACGUGGCACACUCCUGAAAGCAGAACGUCGACUGGUGGAUCUCGACCAGCAUCCACGACACCAAACGCGACAGCGGGAGCUGCGCGAUCUUGA